GAAAUCCAACUCUCUCCUUUUCCUGUGCAGUAAGGAUUAGUAACCAAACAGAAGCUGGGGAGAGGAGGGUGUUGGAGCCACUGAUUGAGCUACAGAAGUGGGGAAGUGGACACGCAGCUGGGCUACAGGGUGGCUUUAGUGCCUCUAAACCUUACACUCACCUUCAAACAAACUGAUGCAGAAGAGGAAGAUGAAGAACUUGUUCCUCCUGCUCACGUUAACAAUGAUGCCACUUCCUGCAUCUUCAGCCCGCAAGGCAAAGCGGCAGAUUGAUUUCUGGGGGGGCUGGGGAGAAUGGAGCGAGUGCAGUCAGAGCUGUGGUGGGGGCAUCAGCUUUCGGCAGCGGCGCUGCUACUCGCAAAGGACAGAUGGUGGGUCUAACUGUAUUGGACCAACUCGAAACUAUCGCUUGUGCAAUAUUCAGAGCUGCCCUGAGGGCUCCAGAGACUUCCGAGCAGAGCAGUGUGCUGAGUUUGAUGGAACAGAAUUCCAAGGAAAGAGAUAUAAGUGGCUGCCUUAUUAUGGAGCUCCCAAUAAAUGCGAGUUAAACUGUAUUCCCAAGGGAGAGAACUUCUACUACAGGCACAAGGAAGCAGUGGCUGAUGGGACGCCCUGUGAGCCAGGCAAACGGGAUGUUUGUGUCGAGGGAGUCUGCCAAGCUGUCGGCUGUGACGACAUGCUCAAUUCUGCCAAGAAGGAAGAUAAGUGCCUGCAGUGUGGAGGGGAUGGCAGGGCCUGUUACGAAGUGAAGGGCACUUUUGAUGUGCUCAGCCUCCCCAAAGGUUACAAUCAAAUCUUCAUCAUUCCCAUGGGAGCCACAAGCCUCCGCAUUAAGGAAGUUAGGCCCAGCAGGAACUUCCUGGCCAUCAAGAAUGUGCAGGGGGAAUACUAUCUGAAUGGGCACUGGACGAUUGACUUCAGCCGAGACCUGCAUAUCGCUAGCACAGUUGUGCACUACGAUCGAGGCUCUGAAGGGGACCUGGCCCCUGAGCUGCUUCACUCCAGGGGUCCCACCACUGAGCCCUUAGUCAUUGAGCUCAUCAGCCAGGAGCCAAACCAGGGGGUGCAGUAUGAAUACUACCUGCCCGUGCAAGGGUACAGCUCGGGCUACAGCUGGAGCUAUGGCUCUUGGAGUGAUUGCAGCUCUGAGUGCGGCGGAGGUUACCAGUCACGCCUAGUGUUCUGCACCAUAGACAAUGAAGCCUACCCAGACUAUAUGUGCAGGGACAAACCAAAGCCAGCCAAUAACCGGACAUGUGGGCUUCAAGCCUGUCCCCAGACAAAACGGAUAUCUUACAUCUAUCUGCCGGGAGUGUGGAGCCACAGCGGAGCCUGGAGCUCUCAAAUGAAGAGCUGGAAAACCGGGGAGUGGGGAGCCUGCUCAGCCACCUGCGGGGGAGGUACCCAAACUCGCUCAGUUUACUGCAUGUCAAACAAUGGACAAGGCUCCCCUGGGGUGGUGGAUGAUGCCAAGUGCAUGGCCUUUGCGGAGCAGCCCCGCAGCACGCAGCCCUGCAACAUGCGACAGUGUGCGACGUGGAGCACAGGGCCCUGGUCGGAGUGCUCAGCUAGCUGUGGAGAGGGCGUUCAGACCCGGACUGUCACCUGCAGAACCGAGUUGGGCUCUCAGACUCAAGACUUUGCCUGCCUGACAGAGCCUAAACCACUCCUCAGCCAGCCCUGCAGCAAGGAGAAUUGCAUCCAGAAAAUUGGUUGGCACAUUGGAGCCUGGGGCCUGUGUUCGAAGAGCUGCGACUCAGGCAUCCGAACACGCCAGGUCAUCUGUGCUGAUGGUGAUUCCAAAUUCUACCCCCCUGAGACGUGCAAGGCCAGCCAGCCACAGACCCCAGCUGUGCUGGGAAGCUGCAACAUUCAGCCCUGCUAUCUGCCACAGCAGGUUCCCAGUAUGCAGGAUACCACAGGCUAUGACGUCAGCCGAGAGUACUUGCUGACCCGCUACUACCCAGACAGUGGCACAACAGUUUAUAGCAAUGAAAGAACAAUCCAAAGUAGCGCCACACACCACCAGCUCCAGCCCAGUGAAGAUCGUAGCUCCAACUUCUUGCCUCUUCGUUGGGAAUCCCACUCAAGCUCUUCAGGGUCCCGGCAGUUCAGCUCCCAUCAGGAUAUUGCCACAGGGACUGGCCCUUGGGACUGCAGCCAGAGCCCUCAUGGCUGCUGCUCAGAUGGUCACACUCCGGCUUCUGGCCCCUUUGGGCAAGGCUGCCCCUUCAGCACGUGCCAUUGGAGCAGGUAUGGAUGCUGCCCUGAUGGAAUAUCAGCUGCUCAGGGCCCCAACAAUGUGGGUUGCACACAACAUUACAGUGAUGUUUAUGUGAGUAGAAACAGGCCCGCUGCAGCCUCCCCAACGGCAAGCCAAGCUUUGUCCCAGCAGAACCCGUCUGAUGAGUGUCGAGGUUCUUUGUAUGGCUGCUGCUAUGACAACAUCGCUUCAGCUUCGGGACCUCAAGGGGAAGGAUGCCUCAACAGACCCAGCCAACCUUAUCCUGUCAAGUGUCUGCUGCUCAGUGCCCAGGGCCCCUGCACAGACUGGACCACUCGCUGGUACUUUGUAACUGCUGUUGGCAAGUGCAACCGGUUCUGGUAUGGUGGUUGCCAUGGUAAUACAAACAACUUUGCCUCAGAGGAGGAAUGCAUGAGGGCCUGCCAAGGCUCCAUGGGAACAAGCAGUGUGGGACACCAGCACCACAGGGGGACUUUGCACAUCCACUCUGGCUCCCAUCCACGAGAGGGAGAAGCCCAAGGACACCCGCAGCCAUCUGCAAGAGGAACUGAGAGUCAUAGCCGAGGAGAAGGAACACGAGGGUCCUUCCACGUUGCCCAACCUGGGCCUGAUAGCCAUACAGCAUGGCAGGGCACAGGGCUGCACCACAGGGAGAAUGGCUGGAGAAGGACCAUGAAUGUGGAUAUACUGCCAGAGUCUUCACAGAGGAGUGGCACAUUGGUUAGCCAGCGCUUGGGCUCUCAUCACUCUGCAGCUCAUGGGGAAAGGAGGACGGACCAAUCAAGCGAGCUGCAUGGGAGAGGGGAAACAAUGGUGUCUGGGCACUCGGAGAGGCAGCUAACUGUCAAUGGGCAGGUGGUGCAGCAUGAACAUGAGCAGUGGCGGAGUCCCUCUGGAGCAGACACUCCUGGGGAGGAUGGACUUGGGCAUCGAACCUCACCAGGUUCCACCUUGCAGCGAAGCUUGUACAGAGUCAUCCUGGAAGGAGCUGAGUCCUCUGUAGUGGAGGCAGCCUUGGGACAGACCAUUCAUCUUCUCUGCAAGGCUGGUUCUUCUCCCUUCCCCAGAAUUGAGUGGCAGAAAGAUGGGACGCCACUAUCAUCUGACAGGCAUGCCUACCAGUCUGACAGUUCCUUGGUGAUAAGCCGUGUCAGAGCUGAGGAUGCUGGGAUGUACACAUGCAUAACUUCAAAUGGAAAGAUGGAGAGCAGACAGAUUCAGCUAAGGAUCAAAGAGGACCGUGGAUCUCCUCUGACAGAGGGUAUUAGAGGUCGGCUCCUUCAUGGUUUGAAUCACCAACACAGAGAUCUCACCAGAGGAGUUAAUACUGUACAGUCACCUGGUUCCUCUGUACACCAGCCGCUCAUGUACAGAUUAAUAAUGGAUAAGAAUGAUCCUUCGGUGGUGGAUGCCAACAUUGGGGAGCGAGUCAGACUGCCCUGCGGAGUAGAAGCCUCACCUGCUUUAACCAUUGAGUGGCAGAAGGAUGGGCAGCCUGUCUCCUCUUCCAGGCACAGGCAGCAGUCAGAUGGUGCCCUGGUGAUCAGUCGUGUUGGCUCUGAAGAUGCUGGCUUCUUCACCUGCAUCGCUUCGAACGGCCGUGACCAGGAUCAACGGCAGGUCCAGCUUCGGACUCUAGGAGAGCUGAGAAUCACUGGUCUGCUGCCAAGCCUCACUGUGUCUGAGGGAGAAAAUGCCCAGCUCCAGUGCAUGGUGGUAGGCAACAAUGUGAAUGUAAGAUGGUCAAGGAAUGGAGUUCCAAUGCGAGCAGAUGGUCACCGCAUCCACCUGUCACAGGACGGAAGCCUGAUUAUAAACAAUGCUCGGGCCAGUGACGAGGGAUCCUACACAUGCAAUGCCUACAGGGGGAGCAACUCUGUCAGUGCCAGCACCGAGGUGAAAGUGAUCAAGAGCAGGCCUGAAGCUGUGGACCUGACCAGCGAGUGUGUUGACCAGCCACACCUUGCCAACUGUGAUCUGAUCUUACAGGCCCAGCUCUGCACUAAUGAAUAUUACUCCAGCUUCUGCUGUGCCAGCUGUUCUCAGUACCAACCCCAGGACAACCCUGUUCGCCACCAGGGAUGAGAAUCCGCUCUAACCCAGCUCCCAAGAGAAGGCAGCCUAGGAGGAUUACUGGACAGGAACAGGGACUUUGUCCUUUUUACUCCCAAAACAAUCUAGGAGCUCAGGUGGGCUGUUUUGCCAAUAUAUGAAUGCUACUCAGUGUAAUUGUUCAGAGGCAGCAGAAGCUCCACUGUCCCAAACACAUCACAGGCCCUUGUUUUUACACACUCUUUGCUGUAACAGCACCUGCCUUCAUUCACAGAAGAAAUGCUAAGAACCAAAGAAUCAUGUUAGGCUUCUCUAAAGUAACAGGCAGUGUGAAAGAGAGGGGGAGAGAGACUUCAUGCAAGCAAGAGAAAGCUUUCCUAAAAACAACCACCAUCCAGCUAAUGCCCUGAACAGUGAGGCUGCAUAGGCAGGGUGGUGGAAUGUUUCUAUCUAAAAGCCUGUGGGCACCGAAGGACAGAACAUAUUGCAUGUAAACAUGGUGUUCCAAUCCCAUGACAGCCUCCAAUGUCUAUUGGCUAUUUAUUUCAUCCUAACACACUUUACAAACAGAACUCUAGGUACAGGUCAUUUCAGUCUCCACUGAAAUAGGGCCAGUUUUGGGAAGAAACAUAUUACUUAACUGCUCACAGCAACAGGGGCAUUUCAGGUGGGCCAAGUCCCUGUGCUUUAACCAUCCCUGCACUUAGAAAAGCAGGGUCCUGGUUUUUAUAAUUCAUCCAACACCACAGCACCAUGCUGGGGCUUAGUGCAAAGACUACUUUCUGCCAACUCACUCACCAGUGCUUUAGAGCUCUGUCCUUGCUUAACUGCCAAGAGACUACAUGUCCUUUAGGACUCCACCUUCUCAGAGCUGUGGAGGAAGUCAUUCCAUCAGUGUGGUCCUACAGGUAAGGAAUGCCACAUACAGUGUAAAUAAAACAGAAGCAUUCAUCAUUCUGUGACCAACAAAGGGUGACACCAUCAAAUGUAUACACAGGACUGUGAAAGAAAACUCUGAGGUGCCUUGCUCAAGCCAAGACAGGGUAAGAUCCCAAAACAGAAUUAUUGCCUCCUAUGUUAGUGUAUUAUGUUUAAAGCUUCCUCUAGAGAGUUGCUGGCUUGUUCCAAUAUGCCUGCUGUAACUUGAGUGAGUUGGUCAGCUACACCACUACACCGUAUAUUCCAGCAUGUGUAGAGGCCCAACCUACUCUAUGCUAGGCCCUGAGGCACUACUAUUCCCUCCCAUCCAGCUGUCUAUACUCUGUGCUGCAGAGACCAUUUUAUGAGCAUAAAACUGGAUUUUGGUCAGUUCAGUUGUCUAUGUGGGUUGUAGUGAAUGUGUGCUGUGUACAUGCUGAGGUCUAAACUAGUCAAUUAACCUAAUAAUCCAUAAGUUGCUAGGAAAGAGUCUAUUUUCUACUCUUUAACAAGGUUGAGCAAAAUUUGACUGUAGUGUAUCUAUCACCUUUUCUCCUCCCAUGCAGGGUACUAAGCAAAAUUAGCCUCCUUUCCUGUAACAGGACUUUCUUUGCUCCUGUAUAAGGCAGCAUUGAAGUCUGCGUUUUCUUCCUAGCCUUGUUCUGUGAUGUUAGGCAAAUCCCAACUCUUUUCUGCCUCAGUUUCUCCAUUAGUGACAUAGGGAUACCACCUGCCCCACAGGAAUGUUAAGCACUUUAAUUCACUCAACUCUGUAAAGCACAUUGCUGGUUUGCAGUCAACAAGAAAGCAUGUGAAGAAAUAUAAAUUAGUGAAAUUCAGUUCCUAAAGCUCUCAAUAUUAGGAUUCCUCUCUGAUGGCUGUGCAUGUGCUCUACAGAGCACCAGCAGCAGGAGGAGAAUAGCACUAGAGGCUAGCCCCGCCCUGUCUGAUUUACCAUUGCAAUGCCCUGAAGCAAACAUAUAAAGAAAAGUGAAUGAAACAGUUAUAGUGAUAGAACUUGAUCACCACCCUUCCCCCAGGCUCAGUUGAGGAGGAUUUACCAGUGUAACAAUUUCUAUCAUCUAGUGUUUAAAACAUGUUAGCAAGAGUCAACCUUUGGUUAAGUUACACAAUUUUGUAGCACUCAUGUAAGUGGUCAGCUCCUGCAGCACAGGAUUGAUGAUAAGUUCCACUUGAAGUAAAGGCCUUUUUUCUGGUUAAAGCAGCUGAUGUCACUGCAUCUAGUUUUGAUGAAGUGGAGUCAGUUACAUACUUUCUCUUCACUGUAUAAAGAUGGAUGAUGGUCAGUUUCAGUAUAGAUAUUUGGAACCAGCUGUCCAGAUUUGAUUUUUCAAAUGGAUUCCUAAAUACAGUUGUUACUUCACACUGUUUUUAAAAGACAUACAACCACCUUACAAAAUGAAGGAAGAUGUCCUUUCCCCUACCCAUUUUAUUCUCUAUUUGAGACGUCUGAGAUUUUGCUGAAGCUUUAAUUUUAUAGUAACCAAACUAGCAGGUUGUUUACUUUUUUGGGCUGUUUCUAGAAAUCAUGAAGUAAAAUAUGUUCACUGUUCAGGGAAGAAUGUUAGUGGACUGUAGGAAGAUCAUAUUCUGCUUGGACUGACAUCAAAUGGUAGGUGUAGCUGUAUCAGACAAUCUGAAUGGUGUAUUCCCCUUGAUUGUGGAUAUCUACAAGCGGAAUGAAAAGUUACAUGCAUGAUAGCAUUUGCAUUUGAUGUUGCAGAAAAAGCUGUCACACUGUUUGAGGAAUGGUAUGCUCACGGUAUUAGACAAUGCAAGGGGCAGAGUUAAUGUUGCACGUCCAAUCUUAAACUCAGCAUUGCCUGACUUGAGUGCUUAGCCAUGCAAAUAACAUGAUAAACAGACUUAGCAAGUUUAAAAAAAAAAAAAAAGAAAAAGAAAAAGUGAAGUCUUGAGGAACAUGGCCUAGAGCUAGGGUGGGUCUUACCCCAGGGACACACCAGGUUGUAGCAGUCACAGAAAGUACCAAUUUAUUUCAGUGGAAAAACAAAAGUGCAAAUUCCCUUUACCUGGCUUUAGUGUUUGAGACUAAACUUCUCUCAUCAUUCAAGGUACAAAAUUAUUGGAUUCAGCAGAAUGAUAGACUUUUUAGAAAGGGAAAUAUGAGCCACUGUCGUGGCUUGUGUUUCAUACUUAGCUUUCCCAGUGCAGAGAGGCUAUGCACAUUCACCAACUCUCUGAUUGCAUCACCACUCACCUUAAUAGAAUAGGCAGCAGCUUAUAGAUUUGUGGAAUAUAAAGAACCUCAGAAAAAAAUGGAGACUAGUAAGAGCAGAGAUUGAUUGCCUUCUCCAAGGGCUACCAGGAUCUUCAUGCCUUUACAUUGGUUAAGAGGAAAAACCAUCUUCUCUUCUCCUUCCGAUUCUGUUAAUGACACAGCAAGACUAAUAGUUUGGACAUAACUGCCAUGGAACAGAAGGGUGUCAUCACUACUGAGUCCACACCAUGGAAGCAAAUAAGAGCUUAAAACAUUUACUCUAUGUGAAUCCGUGAUGCAAAUCAAGGAUCUCACCAGGCAGUGAAAAAUACUAUGAGUCUGAUUUUCAAAAUACUCAAAACUUCAAAUGAAGUAAAUGAGAACCUUGGGUGCCCAGCACAUUUAAAAAUCUGGUCCAAGAGCUCUACGUAACCACUUUUAAUAGUAUGUAGAAAAUAUGAGAAGGAAUUUAGCUGUUGAAAGAAUGAAUAUUUUGUUUGGCUUCUAAGCCUAUCAGGCAAGUAAGGGUAUGAACUGAGUGCAUACGAUACAAAGAAAGUGUCAGAGGGAGAAAGUAUGAAAACAAGGAAAACUUUGCAAAAUGUAACCGUUUCUACCACCAACAUUUAUUUCUGUUAAAGCAGAUUAUAAAUCAUCAUCAGUACAAAUAUAUAACUUACUUUUGCUUGUAAGGCCAAAGUUUAAAAGUAAAGUUAAAACGAGAUGGAUUUCACAAGUCACCAGAGGCAGAACUUGGAACAGCUGCAGCCCUAAUCACAAGGUUUCACAAACCAACAAAAAGUUGAAAAACAAAUCUAUUGAACAAACACAAAAUGGGUUCUUGGGUAGCCCGAGAUUGUAGAUAUGGUUACAGUAAAUCACAGUAGUGUUAAAAUUGAUAGAAUUAAGACAAGGAAACUGCAGCAAUACAUGAAAGAAAAUAUUCAUACUAUAGAAUAUUUAGUUUGAUUCCAUUAAAAAGACAAUAGAAUUUCCCCACGGUUUUCAAACCCUGGCAAUACUGUUCUUUAAUUUUUUUUUAUUUAAAACUAUUCUAUAGUGACUUUAUUGGUCAUGACUCAUGAUUGUUGUUGCAAUAUGCCACUUACAAAUGAACUGAUACAAGAACAAGCUAGGGACCCAUCUCCUCCCUCCCCCCAUAUUACUUACAAUAAGAAUCAGUGAUAAAUCAAUCUUAUGUACAAUUUCUUACAUCCCACCCCUUUUUACCUUUGGCAAGAUUACUUACAACUCAUACAGCUUUUAAUAGCCAGAACUAUUUAAAAUAUUCUAAAUGCAUAAAAAAUAAAGAUUUUGGCUUUAUUUUA